UGGAGAAGCAAGCGAAAUUACAACUCUGACAACAAUCUGAACACAGAAGAUCUGGGGGGGAGGGGGAAUCCAACUUACAGGGUGAAAUGGAUCCUCUCCCAGAACACGUUCUGGUUGGCUUCAACAGGACUAUUCUGGCAUCCAAUCAGACAGAGCCUGUAGAUAAAUUCUCAGGCACUCAGCUUCUUCUGCGCUUCCGGCCUCUCUUUGUCCCUCUGUACUCACUGGUUGUAGUGGUAGCUGGUGUUGGGAACAGCUUCCUGCUUGCCUGCAUCCUGGCCGACAAGAAACUCCACAAUGCGACCAACUUCUUCAUCGGCAACUUGGCUGCUGGAGACCUGCUGAUGUGUCUGAGCUGCGUGCCUCUGACUGCAUCCUACGCGUUUGACCUCCAUGGCUGGGCUUUUGGACAGCCUCUCUGUCACCUUAUACCUCUUCUGCAAGGUGCCACUGUCUUUGCCUCCGUACUGUCCCUCACUGCCAUCGCUAUUGACCGGUACGUAGUGGUUGCGUACCCGAUUCGGAGGCGCAUAUCCGGGUGGCGUUGCAGUAUUGUGGCCCUGGGGGUGUGGGCAGCCUCUCUGGCUUUAGCUGCUCCACCUUCCCUGCACACUCGCUACCUGGACCUGCGACCCAGUGGCAUGGAGGUGGUGGUAUGCGAGGAGUUCUGGCUGGGUGCUGAGAGGCAGCGACUGCUGUAUUCCUGCUUCUUUCUGUUGGCCUCAUACAUGAUCCCACUCUUAUCUGUCAGCAUUUCCUACUGUGCCAUUAGCAUCCAUCUCCAGCGGCACAUGGUGCCCGGGGAGCCGUGCCACAGCCGGCAGCGCUGGACCAGGCAGCGCCGAAAGACUUUCUCCCUCCUGGUGGCCUCCGUGCUUGCUUUCGCCCUCUGCUGGCUCCCGCUCCAGAUCCUCAACCUGCUGCUGGACCUGGACUCAGACUUCCGCAUCCUGGACAAGCACUAUGUCAAUGUGCUGCAGGUCAGCUGCCACCUGCUGGCCAUGAGCUCGACCUGCUACAACCCCUUCAUCUAUGCCUCACUGCACAGAAAGGUGCGUGCCCAUCUGUUUUCGCAUUGUGCCUCUCGUAAUCCUGCCGCUUGCCUAACCCCUGCCUCAGAGCUGCCUGUGAAGGAAAGCACAGCUGAGAUCCCCAGUCCUGACAACUAAACACAUGCUAUGCCCACUCAUCUACUAAUCAGACACAAGCAAAGAACCAUAAGAUAGCUUGGGUCACAUAGUUCUUUGUCACCCCCAUUUAGUGUGCUCGUCAGGCUUUGGCAGUAUGUCACCUUACCAAACCAGUAUGGGUUCUGAAGAGUUAUCAAACAUUUUCAAAAGAAACUGAUCUAUAUAUUAUCUCAGCCAGUAUGCUGGAUAAUUAGCUCUUACUAUCUUCUGAUGCUGCUUGCUAUUGGAGGAUUUUACCUACCAGAAAGCUUUGAACUGCUCAGACUGAAUUCAGGAGAGUACCCCAGACCAUAAUUAAAUAUUCUCUCUUCCUCUUUUCCUCCUCUUCCCCUAUUUUUUUUUCUCUCUCAUAAAUGUCUUUUUCUCUUGCUAGCUGGUGUUUAGCCACGGUGUGGUCAGGUGGAUGUUUAUCCUGUCUCUUUGGAGCCAAUUAAAUCAGCAUGAAACUCAAUUAACAUUGAACCAUGACCCUCCAGCUUUCAGCUGUGAAUCAGGUGAUCUGUGGCACAGAACUUCUGACCCUUUUUGCCUCUUCUGCCUAUUCUGCCUGAGGACCCUUGCUUCUCACCUAAAAGUCAUUACAUUAUAAUUUAGGUUGAGUGAAAAGGCAGCCUGUUGUUCUGAGGUUUAUAUCGUAUCACUGGAUGUAGUAGCAAUAGCUUCAUUUUCUACCCAAGGCUACCAACACAAUUACACAGUCUAUGAAUAGAUUAAUUGGCCAGUUUGUUUGGUACAUAGUGAAUGGUGAGUGAUGCUUUAUCUGUAGUGUAGAGUGAACAUGGGGGCACUAGUAGUGCUAUUAUCUAGUAGUGCUAUUAACUAUGUCAGUUCCUGUGGCCAUGUUAGAUGAUACCUCCUUCUGACAGGCUGCUGAAAGUGUGAUGCUUCUUUAAAUAAGGUUAAUGUAUUCACACUACAUUUAAUCCCAGAGAAAGGUCUAGUGUUGCACUGCAAUUGCACUGGUCCAUUCCCAUGGAGUGGGAGCAAGGAACUAGCAGCAGUAUUUUUCUGUGUGUGAAUUAGCAAUGAAACAGUGAACCCAGAAAGACUGUUACCUAAUAAACAAACAUAUAGCAUAGCACACAAAUCUGUGUGUGAGAGACCAUGGGAUUUCCUCUUUUUUGGACGUAAUGGUAUAUGUGUUUCUCCUAACCCUGCUAUUCUGCUAUCAUU